UUAACUUGAGCUCCUUAUUGUUGCAUGUAGAAAACCGAUCUCUCCCUUCCCGUCUAACAGGACCGUAGAGUGGCAUUGCCUUAUUCUCACGGGAGCUGAAUUUGAAAAGGAAAAAAAAGAUUUACCUUUGCUUCCUCUGUACUUGUUUUCUCAAUUAAUCUUAUUGAAGGAGGUCUGAAAGUCAUCUUGGGUAUUCCCCUCUUAUGGAGUUCAGGAGACCCAGGGGAAGAUCUCAAUUGCAUACUCCUCGUGUCCUCUCUAGUCUCAGUCUCAAAACCCACUGGAUGAGUAAGCCAGGGGUCCCUCCCUUCUGAACUCUUCCUCCAAUCGGUUUUGAGGAGGAGACUACGCGAGGGGUAUGAAAUUGUGCUCUUUUCCAGGAUGGAGGAAGCAAGGGUUGAAUGCUAGUAAUGUUUUCAGACAGCCAAGGUUUAGGGUCAUGUAGUGCUAGACUUGGGCAGGAGCUCACUGUAACUGGGUACUUGCAAAGGUGAUGGUCACAGUAGACGGUCUAUUCCCAAACCACUCCAUAUUGAUUGGGGUGAUCUGUUCAGAAUGCUGCAGAUGGUAAGAGGGCAAUGUUUUUUUUAUUUUAUCUGGGCUGCAUUCCACUUCUACACUUCUCAAAGUGUACUUGAGCAUUCAUGUAUUUGAAAGCAUUGGAUUGGUGUAAGCAUUGGCUGCAAAGUUUCCACCACUGUUAAAUCUCUAACUGGGAGUGUACACUUCAGGAGGAAGGAGACAUUGGCACUCAAUCAUGACUGGGAGUAUGCAAGUGUAAGCGACAGAAGAGUUGGGAAUCGGGAUGCUGCCUAGACUGCAAGUACAAUACAGUGAAGUAGGGAGAACCCUCCGGAGUCCUGUACAGAGACACGGGACUGUGUGGACACAUGAGAAACAGGAUACCUUAAUCAGCAUGCAGAGUGUGAGAUCCCCAGCGAAGGGGGGCACCUUAUCAGAGGAGUCAUUCCAAUGUUCUAUCUGUCUGGAGGUCUUCGUAGAGCCUGUCUCGACGCCCUGCGGACACAGCUUCUGCAAGGCCUGUCUUCAGGGCUACUGGGAUCACAGCAAGAAGUUCCAGUGCCCCAUGUGUAAGAAGAGCUACACCCGGAGGCCGGAGCUCAGCAUAAACCGUGUCCUCGCCGAGAUCUCUUCCCAGUUCCAGGGGCUCGAUGUGGGGGUGACUUCACCGAACACGAAGGCAGGUGCGGUGGCUGGGUGUCUGGCGGUGGGACAUGGGUUUCACGGAGAGUCACCUGCGGCGGAGGGUGGAGAGUUCGCCCGGGCGGGCGAGGUGCCAUGUGACGCAUGCAUUGGGAGGAAGAUGAGGGCAUUGAAGUCUUGUCUCAACUGUCCCGGGUCAUACUGCGACGCACAUCUCCGACAUCACAAGAAGGUGAAGUCUCUGACAUCCCACCGCCUGGUUGAGCCCAUGCACCGCCUGGAAGAGAAGAUCUGUAAGAAGCACGAGCGCCUGCUGGAGGUCUACUGUCGUAACGACCAUGGCUGCGUCUGCAUCUCCUGCGCAGAAGCCUCACACAAGACCCACGAGAUCGUCUCCGUCGACCGUGAGUGGAAGAAGAAGAUGAGUCAUCUGGGCAAGUGGAGGUCAGAGCUUAAACACCUAAUCAAGGAGCGGGCCAAGAAGUUGGAGGAGAUCAACCAGUCCAUACGGGUCAUAAAAAGCACUGCCCAGAGGGAGUUGGAGGACAGCUGGCAGGUAUAUGCAGAGCUGCAGCGUCUAGUGGAGCAGAGCCAGGCUGAGCUGGUGGAGCUGAUCGCUACGAGACAGCGUGAGGCGGAGAGGCAUGCCCAGGAUCUGGCCAGAGGUCUGGAGGACGAACUGAGCCAGCUCCGGAAGAGGAGCGGAGAGCUGGACGCCCUGGCACAGAACCAGGAUAAAGUCAUCUUCCUCCAGAGCCUGCCCACCCUGGCGCCCCUCCCAGAGCCCAGUAAUUGGUCAGGCGUGAGUGUGAACACAGACCUCUACCUAGGAACCAUCCAAUCAUCCGUAAGCACCCUUGUCGACAGGUUCCAGGAAGAACUGAAGAGUCUGUAUGGAAAAGAGCUCAGGCAGCUGCAGAACUAUGCAACUGAAGUGUACCUGGACCCGGGUACUGCCCAGAGGAACCUGGUCCUGUCAGAGGACGGUCGCCAGGUGAUAUACGAGGAACGGAAGCACAACCAGUCGGAAGGCACUCGUCGCUUCAGCCCUGCACUCUUUGUGCUCGCUCGCGAGGGCCUCUCCUUUGGACGCCAUUACUGGGAGGUUGAGGUGGGCCGCAAGACUGCCUGGACUGUGGGUGUGAUGCGGGCAUCGGCCCGCCGGAAAGGAGAGAUAAAGCUGAGCCCUGAUGGAGGGUACUGGUGCCUGUGGCUGAAGAGUGGGGAGGUCAAGGCUCUGGCAUCCACUCGACAGCCCCUCCAGCUGACCUCUCACCCCCAGAAGAUUGGCAUCUUCCUUGACUAUGAAGGUGGCCAGUUGUUGUUCUACGACGUCAAGGCGCGCACACACCUCUUCACGUUUGUGGAUACUUUCAGUGAGAGUUUGUAUCCGAUAUUCAGUCCCUGUCUCAACCAGGAUGGAAAGAACACGGCCCCGCUCAUCAUCAGUACUGUGAAACAUAGCUGAGACAACAUGGCAUGGGUUGUGUCCCAAAUGGCAUCCUAUUGCCUAUACAGUACACUAAAUUUGACUGCACUCCUAUGGGCCCUGGUCAAACGUAGUGCAGGGAAUAGAGUGCCAUUUGGGAUGCAAACUUGACGACAACCCAUUCUGCUCAGAGGUUGACCAAUCACAGUUUAGCCACUUGAUUAGGGGCCUGAGUUCUUCCUCACUGUGUGAUCUUACCAGGAAAAACUGUGGUACCCUAGUGAUAGCCAAUAUACUAUAUAACUAAGGACCAGGGUUUUCGUCAGGUUACGUAACAUGGUCAGGAAAAGCUAAUGUUUGAUUGACCUUACUGUCCAGAUUCUUACUUGCUUUAAUACACAGAAGUCUAAUGCUUUACAUUUUAACUAUUUUGAUAGCUGGAUUAAUCAAAAUGGAUAUUUAGUUUGGUAUUGCCAUACUUUAAUUUGAUUAUUGCUUUACUAAACAUGUUAAGUAUUUGUUAAAGGGAUCGAUCUUUGGAUAAAAAUAUAUCUUCUAAUAAUCCUUACUGUGGAACAGUUGACCUUUUUUUUAUGUCUCAUUCUAUAUUUUUAAUAAGUCUAAAGUAAAUUGAAAGCUAUAAACAUAACUACAGUACAGCAACUUCGUGUGUGUACGAAUGGAGUCCCGACUCCGACAUUGCUUAUGCUAAAACUUCAAUUCCAUUGUUUUACUUUUUGAUUGGUGUGUAUUCUUAGAUAUUACUGCACAGUUGGAGCUAGGAACACAAGCAUUUCACUACAUACACAAUAACCUCUUAAAUAUGUAAAUACAGUACAGCAAAUUCAGAGAAGUUUUUACUUUUGUACUUCAAUCUGCAGCUUUUAAAUAAAGAUGUUCUAUCAAGUAAA